GGAGAAGGGAUUGUUUCAGUUUUGUUAGUAUUAGUCAUCACAUAUAGGCUUGUGCAAUGUCCACUGUUUAUUGAUUGUUCAGAGUGUACAUUUUCAUUUACAUUAGAAUUUCACCAAAUAUUAUAUAUAUAUAUUGACAUUUUGUCAAGUUCAGUUAAGUACAUAUUCUGAUGUGGUGACAAGUAACAGAGACCACAGACGUCACAUGCAGCGUAUGGAAUCCUUGUUUAACGAUUUCCCAUUCCAACGACGACACCGAGGCAUGAUGGGGAUCACAGACGGCAGAGAACACCACCAGCAGUUACAGCACCGAAACAACCAGCUACAGCCAUUUGGCAUGUUCGAUAGCAUGUUUGGCAACAUGUUCAAAAACAUGCGGAACAUGAUGGCAGAUGUUCAGAGAGGAUUUGUGGAUGUACAAAAUAAUCCAGACAGUCACUGUUAUACCCAGUCCUCGUUUGUGUCCUACUCCCAGAGUGGGAAUGGCGCACCCAAAGUGUACCAGGCCUCCACCUCAACCAGGAACCAACCAGGAGGGAUUAAAGAAACCCACAGAACUUUGCGGGAUUCGGAAAGUGGGGUGGAAAAGAUGUCCAUUGGUCGACAUAUACAAGACCGGGCUUAUGUGAUGGAAAGGUCCCGGAACAGGAAAACAGGGGAGGAGGAGCAGAAUCAGAACUUUGUCAACAUGGAUGAAGGUGAAGCUCAGAGUUUUGACCAAGAGUGGAGAGAGAAAACGUCACAUGUGAGCCGAGGGUCCAGAGGAGUGGAUCACCGUUCUCGCCGGUCACAGAUUCCCAUCCGCACUCAGAGGAGCCAUGGUUCAGCCGGCCGCCUGGCUCUUCCUUCACCAGUCUUAGCGGAAAACACAGAGGGUUUAAGAAGGGACACAAGGCGACAUAUGGACCCAAAGCGGAUUGUCGGAGCCACAGAGUCUAGGCGCAUUGAGCGGCGACGGAAUCUUCACACACCCCGCAGUCACAGGGACAGGGACUAAUCUCUACCUUCUACAGAUCACAUGUCAUGAAAGAGCACUGAAGAGGAAAUUAUCUCAGGGGGCCCAAGGUGUAUUUAGAUGUUGGUAUUUUAUUCCUAGGAUUUUUGGAGUUGUGAUUUUAAGACUGGGCUCAGUUUGGAAGAUUUUCCAGUGACUUUGAACUUUUGAUCUGAACACCUGUAGAGCACAAGUCAACAGUUUCCAGUCUUUGUUACCGUUGUAUCCAUAUUCCAUCCAAAGAACUGAUUUUUUACAAGUUAUAUGUUUUUUUUUUUCUGCUUUUUUUUUCCUUCUGUAUGAUUGAUCAGAUUUGUAGCAGUGCUGUCUGCUUUUGUUGCGAGGGGUAAAGCCGUUGUUGUUGCAGGCAGUCAGAAAGCAGAAUUUUCCUUCAAGAUUUUGUCAGAGUUUACGUGACCAGAACACAAUGUUUUAAAAAGAAAUUGUGCAACAGUCAAGAAAAAAAAAUAUUUCUUUGUAUGCUUGUGAACUACUAUUAUUUUUUCGUUUCUUUGAUUUAAACAUGAUUUAUACAUAUUUGUCAUGUUUGUAGACAAUGCAUAUACUAGUUUAGUACUGCAUGUAUCAUGCAUUGAUAUUUGUACUUCUUGGAUAAACACACAAAGAGUGUUAAUAAUUGCUUUGUUUGAAUGAGCCAUGAUUGUAGUGCAAAAGAUUCUAAAGUACAUGGUUUGCUGUAUGAUGUAUUUGAAUAAUUGUGUAAUAGAUCUGUAUAAAAAUGAUUAGUCUUGCAGGAGUGGUUUUAAACUCCAUGUACACGUGAUUGUGUUUUAGUUGAAAAUAGAUGAAAUACAAAGAUGUGUAUUGUGAGGCAUGCAGGUAGAGAUAGGUUGAAUAGGUUUUGAUACAAUGUCACUGUGGUUUGCUGUUGGGCAAAGAACAUCUUCAAAUAUUGUGGUUGGACAACAACUUGGUUGUACAAAUGCUGGAGUGUUGUAUGUUGUAUGAAAGUUUUGUACAGUGUAAAGCUGUUUGCACACCACACUGUGCUAGUUUGUUUUGAAAAAAAAAAAAAAGAGAAAAAAUCAAUACAGAUUUAGUUUUUUACCUGUGUUUGAAAUAGCUGUGCUAGAUAGUCUGACAGAAUGUCUUCUUUACGCAAGUCAUGUCUUUUGGAAGUAUGUUUAUGUUAUGUUAUGUUAUGUUAUAUUUAUUGAUAGAGCUCUGAAUGAUUGACAGCACUCGUCUGAUCGAGAAGAGUAGACAUCUUUUUUGAGGAAGGGGAAAAUGAGUUUGCAUUAGACAGUCGUUGUCUUUUUUCCUGUACCUUAAUAAUAAAGUGAAAUUCAUAAAGUUUUUUGUUUCAAAACACAAUAGGAAGUCAUCAGUAAUGUCAGCGUUUUCAUUGUAAAUUUGCAUACUUCUGUAUUUUCCUGUUAAGAAUGUACCUCUUUUGUGAGAAAUACAACCCCCCACCCCCACCCCGGCCAAACAACCCCUCACCCUUAAUCGGUCACAAUCAGUUAUAAUUUUGUUCAUGUUUCUAAGGUGUCUCACACCUCUCAUAUAGUUUUCUUUCCUUCAUUAAGUUUGUUAUGUUAUCUGGAUGGAGAAAGCAUACCUUGUGCCUUAUUUGCAGUUGUAACACAUUUACAUUUUAUACAUUUCCAGUUACAAAUACGUUUCCAUUACCCCUACUGUCUACACCAACAAGUAUGCAGUUUGUUCCUUGUAAGGAUUUUCUUUUGAAGUAGCUCACAUGCAAGUGUUCAGUGGUAUGGUCAAAUAUUUCAACAAAGCUCGCAUUUCCGUGUGAAGAAGGGGAAGUAACUUCAGAAUUACAGAGUUUUUUUUUGUUGUUAGUCCGCUCUCCGUAUUUACCAUUUUAUGCCUUAUUUCUUUUUUUUUUUUUUCACAACCCAGUUGUUCGCCCACUGCAAAGCACCAGAAUGAUUUGUCUCAAAACAAGUGUAUUGCAAAAAAAAAAAAAAACAAAUUUUUCUGUUUGGUUGCCUGUGUGUUUACAUAUAGGAGUGGAAGUCGAUUAUAAUUGUCUGGGUUGUACAUAGGUAUACUACUUGCAUAUAUCCAGUAGCUAGUACUUACACCUUCCAUUAGGACCAGCUUCACGCAGUGUGUGGGGUUUACUUCAUAUCACAUCCAGAUAUAGUGUUUGAAGCCGUUAUAUGGUCUUAGAAAUGUCAAUGUGUUUUGUUUGAAAUCAACCUCAGCAUUCACUGAUAAAGUCAUUUGUUACAUAAAAGUUUACGCCUGCAGUUGGCAUGCUGCUCGGUAGAACCACAAUGUUAAUUUUUUCUACACACGGAUCUGUGCAGGAUGUUUUGAUUUUCCUGCAUUCAGUCAACAGUAUUGUCAUCAGAUUUUGCAUUAAAAUAAAAAUAAGUUUGUAUGUGCAUUUAGUUUCUUGUGUG